CACACACACCACCACCAGUCGGAACAACAAAUCCAACACAAACGCCCACACAUGCAUCUGGCCAUAGGUGUUUUAUUGUACUACGAGAGGUGUCGCUCCACUGCCCAGAGUGUGUUCCAAAGAUUCGUUUUGUUUCGUCUUUAAUUUUUGACUUUCUCAAUUCGCCUUCAUGUUGCUCCGUUCGUAAGUUGUUCCAGUCCAUUCCGAGGCAGGCCGUACUAUUGUUUCCGUCGUCGUCCCAUCGUUUCGGUAGCACGGCAGGUUUCCUCACCCUCCCCCGGUUUCUCGACCUGUUACGUUUCGGUCCGUCUCGGUUCGGUUUCGCUUUCUCGGGUUUUUUGGUGUGAUAAGUGCGAACCGCCGUUGUUGGCCCAAUAUACCGUCGUGGACCGCUCCAUCCCUUUGGCUUGGGACAGUGCAAAGGGCAACGAGUGGUAGGGUUCUGUUUUUUUCUUUGACUAGCCGACCACACCGGGAGCAGGAUAGGAUCAGUCCGUCCUAUCUGCGCGGUCUCCAUCCGAGUGUGGCCCCCCCCUUCCCUCCUUCGUUUCGUCGAUCUGGGGGUAGAAAGCAACGAGGGCCGAACUCAUUCAAGCAGCACAGAACCCAGCGCAAUGAGCUUCCUGUUUCGCUCGAGCAAAACAUUCAAACCAAAGAAAAACAUUCCGGAAGGCACACACCAGUAUGACCUUAUGAAGCAUGCGGCCGCGACGCUCGGGUCGGGCAAUUUGCGCAACGCGGUACAGCUUCCCGACGGCGAAGAUCUCAACGAAUGGGUGGCAGUCAACACGGUAGACUUCUUUAAUCAAAUCAACAUGCUGUACGGUACAAUCACGGAGUUUUGCACCGAGGACACAUGCAGCAUUAUGUCGGCCGGGCCAAAGUACGAGUACCACUGGGCGGACGGGCAGACGGUGAAGAAACCGAUCAAGUGCAGUGCGCCCAAAUACAUCGACUACCUGAUGACGUGGGUGCAGGACCAGCUCGAUGAUGAAACGCUCUUCCCGUCCAAGAUCGGCGUACCGUUUCCGAAGAACUUCAUCAACAUCGCCAAAACGAUCCUGAAGCGACUGUUUCGCGUGUACGCGCACAUCUACCAUCAGCACUUCUCCGAGGUGGUGCGGUUGAGCGAGGAAGCCCAUCUGAACACUUCCUUCAAGCACUUCAUCUACUUCGUGCAGGAGUUCAAUCUGAUCGAUCGCCGGGAGCUAGCGCCACUGCAGGAUCUUAUCGACAAGCUCAUCACAAAGGAUGGCCGAUAAGUGCGACCGAACGCCCGGCUGUCGGUUUCACACUUACCGGGGGGGGGGG